GGGAGUUGUACAGUCCCAAAUCCUUGCGAAUUUACCGUUAAACGCAGACAGAACUGGCGAUCUUAACCCAGCCAUAAUUUAACACGGAGUCAGUAUGCUAACACUGGAGCAAUAAAUCUGGAUUUACUUCUUGGACAGCAAUUUUGGAAAGUUAAUGCAGUUCUAAAACUUUCGAGGUUCGAAAGAAGGAUAUCUCUGUGACCUCUCAGAGAAGUCACUCCUGUCAUGUCUUCGCUAUGAAGCUUGGAAAUCGCCACGGAACUGUUUUUACGCGUUUUAGUGAAGUGUGAUUAUUUUUAUAGUCUGAAGUCCAUUUGUCCAAAUCAUUGCUCGCGUCAUAUCUGGAGUAUUCAAAGCGGAGCACGGGGAUAGCUGCCCCUUGGCGGUUGCACCUCGAUCUGGCUUGAUUUGAAGACCGCGCUUGAUACUUUGUGUAAGCGAGGUUGCAGGUUAUUACCAUAGAGGAGGAGCCGUGCUGGUCUACCCCUUCACCCCACUCGCCAUCAGGUGUUUGUCGGGAAAGGUCUUGUACGGAAACGACAGAACGCAUUGACAGUUUGACGUGCCGAUAGAGAUUACCCCCUGAUUCGGUCGCAUUGAGGAGCCUCAACAGUGGACUUUUGGCUGGACGGAUACGAGAGAGGGGCGAGAGAACUAACUGACAAGACACCGGACGCCUGUGAACCUGUCCGGUCACGUCCACCACUUUAUUGCAGCUUUGAUCGAGACUUCUCAGCUUGUGGUUGGAUUUUAAAUGGUCUGGUCUUUCCGACUUGUCGGUGACAAGAUGAUGGAUGCGUGAGGUGGAAAUCAAUACCUCCCAUCGCCUGGUGACCUCCCAGCGCGUGCACAGAAAGCUCUUUGGACAAACGUACACCGACAGCUCACAGCAACUCACGCAGUGAAGCAGAAAAAACCGCAACUGCUCUCUCACCUGGUGUCCCCGCGCUCACGCGUACAAGUGUGUGAAUGUGUGAGAGAACGAAGAACCCCGUUUCUGAAGUGUAUAUGCGCACGCGUUUGUGCGUAUAAAGGCUGUACAUGUAUACAGGCUAUUGCGGGGAGAUGUGUAACUUUGAGUGACUGCCGCAGAGUGUGUGUUUGAGGUUUGCCCAGUCAAUGUGCCGCACUUACGUCUCCCCUUCAAGUGACUUUUAUUUCUUACCCUUUCUACACAUCAUUUGAAGACGUCGAAUGCACGCUAUGAAGUGCAAUUUCCACACUCAAUCAUAGGCGAAGAAUUGCCUUUCAGAGGAGACAGCGAACCCCGGGAAUAUUUCGAGAUUCAGUGGUCCAUCUUCUGAUUGUCUGGGUGGAACUAAAACACUGAGGAUACGCAUUCACAGUGAAGCAAAGUCGGAUAUAGCUUCAUAAGUAACUGUAAUUAUGGUCAUAUUUAGACAGGCCGCGGCGUGGAGUUUGUUGGUGGCUUUUUUCAGCGUGGUGGAGUCGCAGCCAUGCCCGGCUCCUUGCUCUUGCACGGGGACCACGGUGGACUGCCAUGGUCAGGGGCUGCGCAACGUGCCGCGGAACAUCCCCCGCAACACAGAACGACUGGAUUUGAAUGCAAACAACUUGACAAAAAUCACUAAAGCAGAUUUCGCUGGAUUGAGGCAUCUCAGAGUUUUGCAACUGAUGGAGAAUAAAAUCACUGCCAUCGAAAGAGGAGCAUUUCAAGAUCUUAAGGAGCUGGAGCGACUACGUCUGAACCGGAAUAACCUCCAAGUUUUCCCCGAGCUGCUGUUUUUGGGGACUCUGAAGCUCUACAGACUAGAUCUAAGUGAGAAUCAGAUCCAGGGCAUCCCCAGAAAGGCAUUCAGAGGAGCAGUGGAGAUCAAGAAUUUGCAGCUGGAUUACAACCAGAUCAGCUGCAUUGAAGAUGGAGCGUUCCGAGCGCUGCGCGACCUGGAAGUACUUACGCUCAACAACAAUAACAUCACUCGUUUGUCUGUGGCCAGCUUUAACCACAUGCCGAAGCUGCGGACUUUUCGCCUCCACUCCAAUAACCUGGUAUGUGACUGCCAUGUGGCCUGGCUGUCGGAGUGGCUGAGGCAGCGGCCUCGCCUGGGGCUCUACACACAGUGCAUGGGGCCACCACACCUCCGUGGACACAACGUCGCUGAGGUGCAGAAAAGAGAGUUUGUCUGCUCUGGGCAUCAGCCGUCUUCGUCGUGUAGUGUAUUGCAGUGUCCAGACUCCUGCACCUGCAGUAAUAACAUUGUGGACUGCAGAGGGAAAGGGCUGACAGAGAUCCCCACCAACCUGCCCGAGACCAUCACAGAGAUCCGCUUGGAGCAAAAUGGUAUCAAGAUUAUACCACCAGGAGCCUUCGCACCAUACAAAAGACUGAGGAGAAUAGAUCUGAGUAACAACCAGAUAUCCGAACUCGCCUCUGACUCCUUCCAAGGCCUUCGAUCACUUAACUCACUGGUUCUCUAUGGCAACAAGAUCACCGAGCUGCCCAAAGGCCUGUUUGAAGGCUUGUUUUCCCUGCAAUUACUACUUCUGAACGCCAACAAGAUUAAUUGUCUGCGGGUGGAUGCCUUCCAAGACCUCCACAACCUCAACCUCCUCUCACUCUACGACAAUAAGCUCCAGACCAUCGCCAAAGGGACCUUCUCCUCUCUGCGGGCCAUCCAAACUCUGCACCUUGCUCAAAAUCCCUUCAUCUGUGAUUGCCAUCUGAAGUGGCUGGCUGACUACCUGCAGGAGAAUCCCAUAGAGACCAGUGGUGCCCGCUGCACCAGCCCCCGUCGCCUGGCCAACAAACGCAUCGGCCAAAUCAAGAGCAAGAAGUUCCGUUGCUCAGGUGCUGAAGACUACCGUUCUAAGCUGGGAGGAGACUGCUUUGCUGACCUGGCUUGCCCAGAGAAAUGCCGCUGUGAGGGAACCACGGUGGACUGUUCUGGUCAGAAGCUCACCAAGAUCCCUGAUCACAUACCUCAAUACACCACUGAACUGCGCUUGAACAACAACGAGUUCACAGUAUUAGAAGCAACUGGAAUCUUCAAGAAGCUCCCCCAGCUUCGUAAAAUUAACCUCAGUAACAAUAAGAUCACAGACAUUGAGGAGGGCACAUUUGAAGGAGCCACUGGGGUGAAUGAACUCGUCUUGACCAGUAACCGCCUGGAGAAUGUCCAUUUCCGAAUGCUGAAGGGUUUGGGUGGACUACGGACACUGAUGCUGAGGAGUAACAGGAUCAGCUGUGUGAGCAACAGCAGCUUCACAGGGCUGAGUUCGGUGCGUCUCCUCUCCCUCUACGACAACCAGAUCACCUCCAUGUCGCCGGGGGCUUUCGACACCCUGCACUCUCUCUCUACAUUGAACCUGCUCGCCAAUCCGUUCAGCUGUAACUGUCACCUGGCUUGGCUGGGCGAGUGGCUGCGCAAGAAGCGCAUCGUGACGGGCAACCCUCGCUGCCAGACUCCCUACUUCCUGAAAGAGAUCCCCAUUCAGGAUGUGGCCGUCCAAGAUUUCGCCUGCGAGGAUGGUAAUGAUGAAAAUAGCUGCUCUCCACUGAUGCGUUGCCCUGCUGAGUGUACGUGUUUGGACACUGUGGUGCGCUGCAGCAACAAAGGCCUCAAAAUACUGCCCAAGGGCAUUCCCAAAGAAGUCACAGAGCUGUAUUUGGAUGGAAACCACUUCACCCAGGUCCCUCUGGAGCUCUCCAACUACAAACACUUAACUCUAAUUGAUUUAAGUAACAACCAGAUCAGCACGCUGUCCAACCACAGCUUCAGUAACAUGUCCGAGCUGCUUACUCUUAUCCUUAGCUAUAACAGACUACGGUGCAUUCCAGCUAAAGCAUUUGACGGACUCAGAUCACUCCGUCUCUUAUCACUGCAUGGAAAUGAUAUCGCUGUCAUCCCAGAGGGAGCAUUUAAGGACCUGGCCUCACUCUCCCACCUUGCUUUGGGAGCUAACCCACUGUACUGUGACUGCAACAUGCAGUGGCUGUCAGACUGGGUGAAGUCGGGCUAUAAAGAGCCUGGUAUUGCCCGCUGCGCUGGCCCAGGAGACAUGACUGAUAAACUGCUGCUCACCACCCCCUCCAAGAAGUUUACCUGCCAAGGCCCAGUUGACGUCAACAUCCUGGCAAAGUGUAACCCAUGCCUCUCCAAUCCUUGCAAGAAUGAUGGCACAUGUAACAAUGACCCAGUGGACUUCUACCGCUGCACCUGCCCCUAUGGGUUCAAGGGCCAAGAUUGUGACACGCCCAUUCAUGCCUGCAUCGCUAACCCCUGUCAAAAUGCGGGCACCUGCAACCUAAAGGAAGGAGAGGAGAGCAGCUUUUGGUGUGCCUGUCCAGAGGGCUUUGAGGGAGAGACGUGUGAAAUUAACAUUGAUGACUGUGAAGACAAUGACUGUGAGAAUAACUCAACUUGUGUUGAUGGCAUCAACAACUACACUUGCCUUUGUCCACCAGAGUACACAGGUGAACUCUGUGAAGAGAAGCUGGAUUUCUGUGCCCCUGAGUUGAACCCAUGUCAGCAUGACUCCAAAUGCAUCCUCACUCCACAGGGAUUCAAGUGUGAGUGCACCCCUGGCUAUGUGGGAGAGCAGUGUGAAGUGGACUUCGAUGACUGCCAGGAUAACAAGUGUAAAAGCGGAGCCCAGUGCAUCGAUGCCGUUAAUGGCUACACCUGCGUGUGUCCGGAGGGUUACAGUGGUUUGUUCUGCGAGUUCUCCCCGCCGAUGGUGUUGCCGAGGACCAGUCCAUGUGACAACCAUGACUGUGCCAAUGGGGCACAAUGCGUUGUCAUGGGCACAGACCCCGUAUGCCAGUGUCUCCAGGGUUAUGAAGGGCUGCGAUGCGAGAGGCUUGUCAGUGUCAACUUUGUGGACAGAGAGUCCUUCCUCCAGAUUCCCUCCAACAUUAUCACAGAGCAGGCAAACAUCUCUCUACAGAUUGCCACUGAUGAGGAUAACGGCGUGCUGCUGUAUAAAGGAGAUGGGGAGCACAUCGCUGUGGAGCUGUUCCGAGGGAGGCUGCGUGUGAGCUAUGAUACAGGCUCCUACCCCCCCUCUGCCAUCUACAGUGUGGAGACUAUAAAUGACGGCAGUUUCCAUGUGGUGGAGCUGGUGGCCCAGGAACAGAUGCUGUCCCUCUCCAUCGACGGCGGCAGCCCCAAGACCAUCAGCACCCUCAACAGACAGACCACUCAGGCCAACCAAUCACCACUCUACCUUGGGGGACUGCCAGGCCAGGUGGGGGUUGCAGCCUUGCGACAGGGUCCAGGCCACAACGGCACCAGUUUCCAUGGCUGCAUCCGCAACUUGUACAUCAACGGGGAGCUCCAGGACCUGACCCAGUUCCUGCUGCAGUCGGGCGUGCUUCCUGGCUGCCAGCCGUGCAACCGGCCCCAGUGUGCCCAUGGGACCUGCCACCCCACCGGCCAGUCUUCCUUCAGCUGCGAGUGCGAGGCAGGCUGGACUGGACAGCUCUGUGACCAGCAGGUCAACAACCCCUGUGAUGGUAACAAGUGUAUCCAUGGAACAUGUUUGCCCAUAAACUCCUACUCCUAUAGUUGCCGCUGCCAGCCUGGCUUUGCUGGGGUGCUGUGCGACGAGGAGGAGGUGUACAGCCCCUGCCAGUCCUUCAAGUGUAAACAUGGCACCUGUCGCGUGUCUGGCCUGGGUAAAGCCUACUGCGAGUGCAACUCGGGCUACUCCGGAGAGAGCUGCGACAGAGAAGUGGCAUGUCGAGGCGAACGGGUCCGAGAUCACUACCAGAGGCAGCAGGGCUAUGCGGCGUGUCAGACCACGGAGAAGGUCUCCCGGCUAGAGUGCCGGGGGAGCUGUGUGGGGGGGCAAUGCUGUGGUCCUCUGCGCAGCAAGCGACGGAAAUAUACCUUUGAGUGCACUGAUGGCUCCUCCUUUGUCCAGGAGGUGGAGAAAGUGGUCAAGUGUGGUUGUACAACGUGUCCAACCUAAAGAGCUCCCCCCACACACCACUUCCCCCAUCCACCUCUCCCUCUCCCUUGUCUGCUGCCCCGUUCCCUAUCCUUCUCCCCAACCACUCACCACCUCCUGUCCAGACCUCCUCUUCUUUUGGAGUUACAUGUCCCUUUCCUUUUGUUUUGUUUCAUUUUUGUGUCAUUUUGUUUUUUUAUGUACAUUUUUUUGUUAUGCCGGACUAAUGUAUGCUUCCAUAGUGGAGUUGUUGAAUUAUUGUAAUAUACAGAACAAACUUAUUUUUUAUUAUGAAGCGGAGGAAAACAAAAAGACAAAAAAUAGUUGACUGUUAUUUUUUUUCUUCUUUGCCAUCCCUCUAGGAACUGUGACAUUUUUUUGUUUGCUCUGUUUUUGGUCUCAUUUUUUCUGUUCCAAUGAACGCUUGAGUCAGUGAGCUGAGAUAUCCAGAGCUCUGCGCUGUCUUCUCCGUUCUCAUGGAUGGCUUUCAUAAGGACAUUAGAGGAUAGACUCUUUCCAUGCUGACACACAGAACAGCAGGCAAGAUGGCCGAAGAGCACCAUCAUAGCAGAGUUGAUGACUCGCCAAAGCUUACAAACCAUGGACAACGUUACGGUCCUAAAGACUCAUAUGUCAUGUCUUGAAGACAAACACACUCAUGUGCACAUGCGCUCAAAGACAAAUAAACGCACACAUCUAUUACGCACACGCACACAAACACGCACACACGCACACACACACACACAC